UCCUGGAAACCUAGAUCUGCCCCAAAACUAAACAGACAGAGUCAGUAUGCCAGUCCACGAGAGACUGGAGACGUAACGUCUGUGCAGAUCCAGCAGUCAGCGGCAUAGAACUGGAUAUAUCCUGUAUACAGGAUAAUGCUAAUUCCACACCAGCCCUCCACAUUCUUACCGGCCAGCGACAGAAGACCAUAGACAACAGCCCAAAGGAUCAAACAUGUCCGACGGGGACACAAUGCUGAAAGAGAUAGAACUGGGAGAUGCCGAGAAGACUAAGCCCCCUCGAAGGAUAAUCUACUUUGCAAAUGGAGAAACGAUGGAGGAGAUGAGCAGCGAGGAGGAGGAAGAGGAUGAAGAGGAACAGAAGUUGGAUUUCCGCAAUGUGGACACGACACAGAUGAGCUGGAGAACGUACGUGCAGUUCUGGAUACUUCGCGUUGCCACCACUGCUUUUUUUACCUGUGAAUUUCUCGGAGGGAAGCUGGCGAAUCUGUUUGGCCUGAACGUCCCCAAGUAUCAAUACGCCAUAGACGAAUACAACAGAGCACAGGAGGAGGACAGCGAUGAUGAUGACUGCGGUGAAAAUGUCAAAGACGCAGGCGCGGCAGACGUCCAGAACGAGCAGCAUUUAUUGCAGAUGCAGAGUAUAGAAUACGGCACCAUUCGUGUCCAGGACGCACCUCCAGCUCCAGGAGACCAGUAUCAGCUGGACUCUGAGACCCGACCGCCGGACUCUAUACCGAGUGAGAAAUAGAUGAGACUCUCCUGUCUCCCUGUUAUUCACAACCUCCAGACUGGACCUUGGCCCUGGGCGGAUUUGCGCGCUGACCCCGCGGAGGAGGGGAAAGUGGCCUCAAAGAUGGGGAUUUAUUCCCCAACACUGGAUCCGGUCUCCUGAUGCACCCGAUAGCCUAAGCUGAGUGGGUUUCCCAGCUGUGGGACACAACAUAAAUACUAAUCUAUAGACAGCAAAAUGCAACUACCGACAAGUCUGAAAAUAAACGCCAGACGCACAGCUACCCUGCCGUCGCCUCCUGCCUGACGAGACGCCAUGUUGCAUCCCAGCUGCAGAGCCGCUACUGUGCAGGAACGCAGAGAUUGCAGGACACAUUGCUUUAAGUUAUGUUACGUGACAAGUUGCAGUUACGUAUAACUUUCAGUGAAUAAACUGUGGAUAUUGUUAAUUAAUAAUGUGGUCUACGAUAUUUGCUGCUGUGCAGAAGCUGAAUAAGACUUGCCUUACAAUAUACUCUCAUCUCAUCAUACCAUAGGGCACUCCAUCCCUGUGCUCCUCCGUCCUUGUAUGGCUCCUAGGGAAAGUCUUCACUUACAUGGGCUGGAUUCAGGGGAAAAUGCAGGAUUUCUACUGGGGGGGGUUUCCAAUGCUUCAUUUUAAGGCAGGUGUGGUCAGCCUACGAAAGAGGGCAUAAUUAACACUCAACAAGCUGUAGACUGCCUCAUCCAAAGUGUAUGUUAUGCUGUAGAGUGAGAGAGUCUAAAAACAUGAACUUUCUGUACCAAGCAUAUUUAUCUCCCUUAAAUAAAAAGGUUAAACAUACCACAAUAAAUAUACAUACAUAAUCUAACCAGUAGGAGGUAGAAGUGUUCUUUCUAAGCACACAUUCUCCCACCUCAUGGUAAGACACCUUUCUCUUCUUGCUGGCAGCUGCUCUCUGGUCCAGAGCGCUGGUUGAGAGCUGAGAUCCACACAUACAGCAGACUUGGUAGGAGAAGCUGUUCCAUACCUUAUACUGCAUGCUGUGGCUGCAACUGUAGUAAAAUCUGCUAUUGUGGUCAUCAUUUGAGCUUCUGGCCGCAGGAAGAGGAGUUUCUGGGCAACUGGACCCUCCAGUCCUACCCCAUGUGUUUGCCUAGCCUGGAUUGUUUCCUUCGUGACUAUAGAUCCUUUGGGUCUCAUUCAAAGUUAGAUCUUGCAUCCUGCAUUUAGGAGCGAUUCAUCAUUAUGUAAAUCUUGGUUGCUCUUUCAUGCUUUGUUGUUUUGUUUCUUAUUGCUGUAAAACAUGGCGUCUUUGUCAUUGAUUAAAUGUAUUGAGUUAACUGUUA